UUAUAUUAUUUUAACCUAAUUUAAUCAGUAGACAAAACAUCAUCACUCCCAAAAUAGAUACGCCGGCUGGUCACAAUUCCCACCAUUUCUGCAAAAGCAAAACCCUAGGUCAUGGAUUCCCAAAUUGAAAGGCGAUUGAAGAAAUCGAAGCACCAAAACGACGACGCAGAUGAACCCAUCAUCUCCUUCGAUGAAUUGCCGUCAGAAAUCCUCACCGACGUACUCUCCAGGCUCCCGAUCACAUCUCUCAUUCAGUCCACAUUCGUCUGGACAUCCUUAAAACCGCUGUCGAAUGAUCCAAACCUCGUCAACAUGCAUUUGUCUCGAUCGUCGACGAACAACAGCUUGUGCCUGAUCCUCCACUCGGAUCUUCCGAUCCAAAACCAGCUCCAUUUCGUCAGGGUUUCCGGCGAUUCUAAGGUGAGAAAAAUCGGCAUCCCUUUCGAAAUGUCAAUGCCUGAAUUCAAAAUACUAGGUUCAUCCAAUGGUUUGCUGUGUUUGUUGAAUACCUUGUUCACCGAGUCGAUUUGCCUGUACAAUCCUUUCACAAGAGACCAUUUUGCCCUCCCCAAGAGUUAUGAUUUCCAGGACCAAGUGGUCGUUUACGGGUUCGGGUCCCACCCGGUCACCAAGGACUACAAAGUGAUCAAGGUUGUAUACUAUACGAUUUCCUUUUUCCGUCGUUUGGGAGAGAAUCUUCGCCAUUUUAAUCAGUACUUCAAACGAAGGAUCGAAUCAGAAGUUAAGAUAUAUAGCCACGCUAGCAAAAUGUGGAGAAACUACGGGCAAAUACCUCACCGGCUAGAGCAAUGGUCAUCCCCUGGAGUUCUUUCUAAUGGAUGCCUUCAUUGGUUUAGGGCAUUGGAAACUUACAGGGCGGGGGAGCCACUGAGACGGACUAUUGUCUCGUACGAUUUGGCCGAUGAUUCAUUUCGUGUAAUGUACACUCCUUCUCUCUACGAUGUUUGCCCUUCAAUGCGUCGUGGGAUUCGCUAUCUCGACUCUUUAAACGGAUGCCUUUGUGCUUAUAUGCCUGCGGGUCGUGGGGCGGUCGAUGUUUGGGUGAUGAAAGAAUACGGGGUGACUGAAUCUUGGGUGAAGCAGUACACGAUUGGGUCCUACAUUCCUGGUUCCGUAGUUUGUGAUGAAAAUGGAUCUGGGAUGCCGUCAGUUCGAGUGUUGUGUGUUCUCGAGAGCGGGGAGGUGUUGUUGAAGCGAAAACAAGAGUUCAUUUGUUACGAUCCGUAUAAAGAAAGAUUCAAGGAGUUGAAUUACCGUGGCAUGCCGAGAAGUUUUCGCACAAUCGUUCAUGUUGGUAGCCUAAAGUCUGCAGCUUCACCAUGGUGGUGUAAAAAUCUGAAAUUGCGAACAAGGGUUUUGCUCUGCGCCACCAGUUCUUGGAUUCUCAGCCACUCUAUUGGAAAUUCAAUAACCACCCUCUCAUCUUCAAGGUUCGUAUUUGUGCUUCAGGGUAAUGUGGUUCUGAGUGAUGCAUUGUUCAGUAGAUACAAGCUAGAGGUCGAUUCAUAUGCUUAUAUUCCUUUGGUUGAAGUCCGAUACAUCUGCCACUCUUGUUGUGUUUGAACGAAUUUCUCAAUGUAACGGAAAUUCAGUAUAACCAGCACGGAUUAUUGCUGUUGGAGGGACAAGGCAUUUUCCGCUUAGGUGGUAGCUGGUAAUAAAUUCAUUCCCUAAUUAAUAUUAUUCUCGAUUUUAAAAUGAUUUCAUUUUUUUUUUAUGUAAUAGUAAUCGUAAGUGAUAACGGAAGCAUGUUGUUCAAGCUGGCGACACAAUUUGGAUGGGUCGCUUUGUGCCUCAAUGGUUGGUGGACUUGGCAAGGCAAAGUCGCGUUAUUUGCUGUACAAAGAUGUCAAUAGUCGCGUUAUUUAAUUUUUUUUUUUUUUGAGCUUAUUGCAAAUACCACAUCUGUGAAAGUCGCAACUGCACUUCACCGCCCCACCACCACCCGUUGGUUAAAAAAACUAGCAAAUACCCCCCUAUACUUUUUAGUCAAAGUUGUAUAGGCCCCCGAGCGAGUGCCUGUUGCUCACUCGUUGUUUGUGCGCCUGCCUAGACUUUUUUAUUUGAAAUGACACAUGUACCCUUAAAUCGUCUUUAAUUUAAUUUGCAAAUGGUUGAAUCAUGAACUCAAACCACUUUUAACCAACAAAAAA